AUGAAAAAUCCGUUGUCUGGUGCUAGUCCAUUGCCAGGUCUUAGUCCAGUGGACAGUAGUUCGCCAAUACAAUCAGUUUUUCAAACAAUUCAAUCUGUUUUACCUAAUAAUUUGUCAACAUCCCUAACAGAAAAACGUCAAUCAAAAAAACGUGUUCGCUUUGCAUUAAAACUAGAAACAGUACAAGAAGAUCCAUCAUUAUUCAAUAAUGGUAAAUCUCUUAUUGGUACAACAAAAACCAACAAACGAAUCAUUGAUCCAUGGCGAGACGGAGGACCAUUAUACGGAGCUUACGUUGAAUACUUAGACAAGCAAGGUGCUUUAACAUCCAAUCUACCAGAAACACAUCGGCCUACACGACCAUCGCCGCCACCAUUAUCACUAAAUAAAUCUGACGUUGAAUCAUCAACGCACACAAACACAAUACUCGGUCGAAAUAAAUCACCUGAAAUUCUCACGGAAUCAGUCGAGUCUGGUAUGCCACCACUUGGUUUACCACACAUUCUUAAUCGAACAACAGCGACAAAAAAGAAUAAAAAUAUUAAUAAUAAUAAUAAUAAUAAUAACAAUAGUAACAAUAGACGACCAUCGUUGCCUGCUUUCGAUCCUAGUUUAAAACAACGAGUACAAUCGAUAAGUCCAUCGCAUAAUAUUCAAUCGAAAAAAAUCUCUGGCUCUCUUAAUAAUAAAAAGCAGCCACCCUCAAUACAUCCAACUGUAAAACGAGCUGAUGUUACUUUGCCAUCGAUUAAGGAUAACAAAUUCAACGAAAAAUUAAUUCGAACAGAUUAUUCUGGCGGCACAAAAGUUAUUAAUGAAUAUUGUCAAUCACAGAAACUUACUGAAAUUAUUUCCAAUUCAUUGUCGAAUACAAACAAUCAAAUAUAUAACUUAUCUGAACAUUCUGUUCCACCUAAUUUUCCAAAAACACCUAGAAGUCCGUGUCAGAAUUAUAUAAAUAAUGAAUCUUAUUAUUCACAAAAAAAUAAUCAUGAUCUUCUGCAACCGAUUAUUCAUUGA